GUGUGUGUGUAGAGAGUGUGUGUGUGUGCGUAGAGAGAGUGUGUGUGUAGAGAGUGUGUGUGUGUGUGUGUGUAUGUGUGUAGAGAGUGUGUGUGUGUGCGUAGAGAGAGUGUGUGUGUAGAGAGUGUGUGUGUAGAGAGAGUGUGUGUGUAGAGAGUGUGUGUGUGUGUGUGUGUGUGUGUAUGUGUGUAGAGAGUGUGUGUGUGUGCGUAGAGAGAGUGUGUGUGUAGAGAGUGUGUGUGUGUGUGUGCGUGUCAUUUAUUGGCUGGUCUCUCUUUAGAACACUGAAAGUGUUUCGAGUCAGAUCAGGACACACAGAAUCUGUUUCUGAUCACUUUUCUCAUUAUUUACUCGUUAAUAAAUCUGCAGGACUGCUGUGUAACUCUGAAGGAGAUGUUGGAAGAAUGUUCAGGCGACACGUGACUGUGUAUAAAUGUGACGUGGUUUUGAUCUUUGAUCUCUCCCAUGAUCCUUCAACACACACCCUGGUGAUGUAGCUCAUGUGAUCGAGCUGUGUGUGUGUUCAUUUCCACAGGCGUUUGAGCAGCAUUAGUGAUCAUGUGAUUAGAGACAGUAUUAUUAGUUUGACAUGUUUCUGAAGAGUGUUUCAUAUAUUAAUAAAUGUAACUUUACUCUCAUUAUGUCAGUCAUUUCUGGAUCAGGAAAGAGAAGAAACAGGAAGUGCAUUAAACGUUUGUGAUCGUGUGUGUGAACGAGAGUCCAGAUAUGAACAGAUUCACAGAACUCACCUCACCGUCCGCACAGAUCAAUGGUCACAGCUCUCUGUCUCCAGAUGUUCCUGCCAAAAAGUCGAGUGCUAAAGCUCUGUACGAGCAAAGGAAAAACUACACCCAAACCAGCAUCAGCAGUGUGACAGACACAACACAGUACCGUGUGGAGCAUCUGACCACGUUUGUGAUGGACCGUAAAGAGGCCGUGUUGACCAUCGAUGACGGCAUCAGAAAACUGCAUCUGCUGGACGCUAAAGGGAAGGUUUGGACGCAAGACGUGAUUCUACAGGUGGACGAGAAAGCGGUCAGCCUCAUCGACAGUGAAACCAAGAAUGAGCUGGAGAACUUUCCUCUGGGUUCCAUCCAGCACUGUCAGGCCGUGAUGAACGCGUGCGAUUAUGACUCGAUACUAGCGCUGGUGUGUAAAGAAUCCGGACAGGGCAAACCGGACCUGCACCUGUUCCAGUGUGACGACAUCAAGGCCAAUCUAAUCCACGUGGACAUCGAGAGCGCCGUCAGCGAUUACAAAGGCGGGAAAGUGAAGAAACGUCCGGAGGCGCUCCUAAUGAUCCUGAAGAGCGACGGCAGUAUUCCUCCGCCCCCAGGAGGCCCCGCCCCCCAGCCUCCGGCAGCUGUCAAUCAAGAGAACCUCAAGAGCCGAGUGGGCAGUUGGACCAAUACGCAUCCAGACUAUGAUAAACAGAGACAUCACACGGAGCUGGACGGGUUUCCUGAUAUGAGUGCUGCACAACUGGACAGAGAUGUGCAAAUCCUGAAUCAUCUUCUAGACGACAUCGAACACUUCGUCACUAAACUUCAGAAAUCUGCCGAAGCAUUUAGUGAACUCGACAAACGGAAGAAAUCUAAGAAGAGUAAAAAGAAAGGGCCAGGAGAAGGAGUUUUGUCUCUUAGAGCAAAACCAGCAUCUCAAGACGAGUUUGUCGACUGUUUGCAGAAAUUCAAACACUCCUUCAACCUGCUGGGAAAUUUGAAGAAUCACAUUCAGAAUCCGAACGCUGUGGAUCUGAUUCACUUCCUGUUUAAUCCUCUCAGACUGGUGAUCCAGAUGUCUGGUGGAGUUGAUCUGGCUAAAAGUGUGAUCGUUCCUCUGCUCACCAGAGAAGCCAUCGACUUCCUGCAUACUGCAAGUUCAACAGACGAGAGACACCUGUGGGUCACACUGGGAGAUGGAUGGACCAAGUGCAGGUUGGAAUGGCCGAUUGAUCACAUGUUUCCUCAUCACACGCUGUGUUUCCGGGAUGGCUGGGAGCCUCCGGUGCUGGUGUCUCGUGAACAGGAAGUGACGCUGCUGGCAGAGAGAUUGAUCCAGAGAUCAGGAGACCGACCGUCACUCCAUCAGUCGCAUGUGGUUGAUGAUUUCUCCUGCGCUGACGGAAAUGUGGACACUCAUGACAGAACACAGCCCAGAAACUUUGCCAAAUCCAAAUAUGAUUUUGUGGCCAGAAACGCGACAGAGCUGUCGGUGCUGAAAGAUGAGGUGGUGGAGGUGUUGGACGACAGGAAACAGUGGUGGAAGGUGCGGAAUGAUGCAGGCGCUGCAGGAUACUUGCCAAAUAACAUCCUGGAGAUCAGCCGUGUGAUGGACGUGACGGGCCGCGGGGAGCCCAUAUACAGCCACAACAUACAGAAACCGCUUUCAGACUAUGUGCCCAAACCAGCAGUGACCUCUGCCCCUCACACCCCGACACCCCCCACUCCUCCUGCCCUGGGGCAGAUCCCCACCCCCCCUCUGCCCCUCUCAUCUGCCCCACCGGCGGCCGCUGACCCUCAGAGCGUGACCAUGAGAGACCAUCAGAGAGAACGACCCGCGCCUGCCAACCGCCGUAAGUCUAAUAUGGAGGACGUUCAGGAUGAGUUGUUGCACAGACUGACGCUCGGUCGCAGCGCACAGAAGAAGUUUCUGCCUCCUGCCCGCAGCAGCAGUCUGCCGUCUGUGAACAUCACGUAUGACUCCACACCUGACGAGGUGAAGACCUGGUUACAGCUCAAAGGAUUCAGUGCUGUGACGAUCAACAGUCUGGCCGUGCUGACGGGUGCUCAACUCUUCUCUCUGAGUAAAGACGAGCUGAAGACGGUGUGUCCUGAUGAUGGCGCUCGAGUCUACAGUCAGAUCACCGUUCAGAAAUCUGCUCUCGAGAGGAGUUCCGGCUCGGAGCUGCAGGAGAUCAUGAGGAGGCGGCAGGAGAAACUGGCAUCAGCCGCAGGAGCGAGUGAUUCCGGCGUCGAGUCCUUCGAUGAGGGGAGCAACCAUUGACCCCUCUCUGACCUCUGUCACCUCUGACCUCUUGCAGGAUGCUGUGGAGCGCGCUCGGUUCGCAGCUAUAAUGCGGCGACAACAGGAACUCCUGGACCCGUCUGAUAACGGAACCGGCUCGGACACAGACGAACACGCUUGACACAACUCGAAGAAGUUUGACAUCUCGACACUGAUAUGAGAACAUGAUAGCGGGAUGUAGUUUAGUGCCGUCCGUUCUUCCUCGACAUUAGCGGACUGAUAUCCUGAAACCAUUCAGAUGUAUUGACAGAGUCCAAUCGAAUGAACAUUAUAACAUCCGUGAAAUCAUCAAAAUCAUGUGUAAAUAUUGAUGCUGUAAUCAUGUUCAUCCUCAAGAGGGAUGUUUAGUAGGAUAAGAGAGACAUAAACAUGAUCGUUUUAAAUGCCAAAAGAGAAGCUUUAUAAAUCUCACAACUGGAAAAGACGAAACCGAGUUAGUUUGAGGCUCUGUUGAUCCAUUUCUGAAACUCAAGCAAACUUUGAACAUAUUUGUUAAUAAAGUUCUGACACAUUUUGGGAUGUCAUGAUGAUGUCAUGUUUAAUACUGUGACUGAUGUGUAGCCAAAUAAUUAUAAAGGUUACAACAGACCGUUUCUAUUUGAACACAAAUGCCACGUCAUACUGUGAGUGCUGAAUAAAUGGAUUCAU